CACCGAUAUCGGGUAGGGUUUAAAGCUCAAAACUUUGCAGGAACUAGAAACUCUCUCCCGCGAUAUUCGUCUCUACAGUCUAUCCUGCACCGCCCCCAACUAUCAAAACCGGCGGCUUUCCUUUCGAUAGAGGCAAAAACAAGCUUCAAGUUCCAUAUAAAAAAAGCUAGGAGGAAAGAUUGACUGCUGGGUCGGAGCAGCCCCGCACUUCCCUCUUACCUUCUCUUCUCACUUCCUCUACCCACUUUCACUGUAGAGAAGAGAAGAAGAAGAAGAGACGGAGGAGGAGAAGGAUACCCAUUCAACCUAAUCUCCUUAUUCGCUCAGGUAGAUUCCAUGCGCUAUUUCAUCUGUGUUUCCCCCCUCUUGGGUUUUAUCCUAUACGCCGUUUCUCCGUCGAAAGAUUCCUUCUUCAGCCGAUUUGGUCGGUGCCCAUCUGCAGAAUUUGGCAUUUGAAGGAACCCAUUUUGUUUUUGUUUCUGUUUUACCAGGCAGGGGAGAGUGACAAGAGUAAUUUAGGUAUGGGUAGGGGUUGCGCGCAAGUUGCUCGACGGAAUAACGGAGGGGUGGCGUUCUCUAGCUCUGGUGUCAAUGUGCAGCUUUUCCUCCACGAGGCUACGGAUGCUGCCGUUAAGCCGAAAGCUCGUAGCAGCAAUGUCUUCUUCGCCAGUGUCAAUCAGGUCGGGAAGGGAUUUGGGAUCUCUUCCUCGCCGAAUUCGCUGGAGAAUUCCUCCACCGCCGUGCUUACUGCUGCUAAUAUGCAGUUGAAGCUGGUGUCGAUAGCUGAGCCACCUCUGACUGUAGAGAGCAGCAGUCUUCCCGAGCUGCAGCUGGGAGAAGUUCUCGAUACUGCGGUGCAGACCACGAAGAAGAACAAGAGGGGUGGGUUUAAGUGGAGAAUCAAGGUGAGGAAUCCGGCGUUGAGGAGGCUGAUAAGUGGGGGAAUCGCGGGAGCUGUUUCGAGAACUGUUGUUGCUCCUUUAGAGACCAUAAGGACUCAUUUGAUGGUUGGGAGCUGCUGCGGGCAUUCCUCGUUCGAAGUGUUUGAUAAUAUUAUGAAGUCUGAAGGCUGGACUGGUUUGUUCAGAGGCAAUUUUGUUAACGUUCUCCGUGUCGCUCCAAGCAAAGCUAUCGAGUUAUUUGCUUAUGAUACCAUUCUGAAGAACUUGACCCCUAAUCCUGGUGAAAAAUCGAUGCUGCCAAUUCCUGCAUCCUCAAUUGCUGGUGGCCUAGCUGGUAUUACUUCCACCUUCUGCACAUACCCUCUCGAGUUGCUCAAAACCCGAAUCACAGUACAGAGAGGAGUAUACGACAACCUGCUCGAUGCCUUCGUAAAGAUAGUCCGACAGGAAGGGCCCGGGGAGCUAUACAGAGGUCUAACCGCAAGCCUGAUAGGGGUAGCGCCAUAUACAGCAGCCAAUUACUUUGCAUACGACACCAUGAGGAAAGCUUACAAGAAGGCUUUCAAGACCGAGGAGAUCGGAAAUGUGAUGACCCUUCUUAUCGGGUCGGCUGCUGGUGCAAUGUCAAGCGCUGCAACUUUCCCUCUGGAGGUGGCGAGGAAACAAAUGCAGGCUGGGGCGCUCAACGGAGGGCACUAUCGCAAUCUGUUCCACGCAUUAGCUGGGAUCCUUGAGAAGGAAGGAUUGGGAGGCUUGUAUAGAGGGUUGGGACCAAGCUGCAUGAAGUUAGUACCUGCUGCUGGUAUAUCAUUCAUGUGCUACGAGGCUUGCAAGAAGAUACUCAUAUUGGAAGAGGAAGCUCGCAUAGAGCAAGCAACGGGUUGAUGAGCAUCUUUUUCUCCCUUCUUCCUCUAUGGACUAGCUUCGGAAUUCGCUUAGAUACUACUUGAUAAGGGUGUUGGCUUGCCCUAAGAGAUGUGACCUUUGUGUUGUUGGCUUUGAUUAAGUUGAAGUAGGACUUAGAGUCUAGGCCAAUAACUAUAUUCUGCCCUUUCCACCUGAAAAUCUAGGGAAGAGAAAUCAUUCACCAAUUUUGUAGGUACACUAAACUUAAAAGUCCUAU